AUGAGACUCACGACCAUCAUCGCAACGUUCGUCGCCUUUGCUGAAGCAACCAGCAUUCCCAGCACCGGCACUACCUCGCUGAGAGAAGAGGCCAUAAAGAAUAACCUGCUCUUGGGGUCUGGGGCUAUCAAUCCAUCCUAUCUCAACGACUCUCAGUUUCGUGCCGUCCUUUCCAAGCAGUUCAACAGUCUCUCUCCUGAGAAUGAACUGAAAUGGACCUUUGUCCAUCCUGCCAAAUGCCAAUAUGAUUGGCACAAGCUCGACCGUCUUGUCAAAUUCGCCGAUGCCAAUAAUAUGAAAGUCAAGGGCCAUGGCCUUCUUUCGCCAUGCUGUAACCCGGAUUACCUCCUCAACAUAACUUCUCCUGAAGCCCUCCGUGCUGAAAUCACCAAUCACUUUGAGGCCAUUAUGCAUCGGUACCGCGGUAAGAUGGAUCGAUGGGACGUUGUCUCCGAGGCCCUCAAGACCAACGGCAGCGGUUUGGCACCGAACCACUUUUACGACACCCUGGGUCCCGGUUGGGUUGAGGACGCCUUUCGCAUAGCCCGAGCAGCAGACCCAGACGCCAAGCUGUUUCUCAAUGAGAAUCUCGUCGAGGUGCAACCAAAGAAGCGUCAAGAACUUUACGACAUGGUUUCUGCACUCGUACACAAAGGCGUCCCUAUCGAUGGGAUCGCUCUGCAGAUGCAUAUCACCCUCGAGCCCUUGGUACCUGGUGUCAUUCGAGAAAUGGUUGAAUCUUACAGAGCAAUUGGGCUCCAGGUCACCAUUGCUGAAAUGGAUGUUCAUACGUAUAACGUAACCCAACAAGCUGAGAUAUAUGGCGACACCGUCAAGGAAGCUCUAGACGCAGGCAUCACUGAUAUAAGUUUCUGGGGCUUUACAGACAAGCACUUGUACACGUGGCUCCCGGGAGCCAAGCCGUUGAUGUUCAACGAGACCUAUUACCCCAAGAGUGCUUUCUACUCGACCCAUAGUGUCCUCACUGACUUUAAUGAGAGGUUAUGA